AUCUAAUCAGAGAUAACUUAUAACUUUAUAUCAGUCGUCUAAUACAAGCGCCAUUUCUGCCUGAAGAUGCAAUUAAAACUGUUGUUUUUAUUCAAUGUAAUUCUUGCGUUUUAUUCCACAGAAGGUUUUAAAUUAACAGGCGUUCGAUACAAAUAUUGGGAUAAUAAGUACUUUGUCGAAGUAGUUCCUCGGGGAGGUUGUUCAUUUUGCGUAUGCGAAGAGGAUCGACUUUCUGAGUUGGAUAAAAAUUUUAUCGGGGAAAGUAAAGGAAAUGAUGUUUGCCCAUAUUGUCAUUGUAAAGCCAAUUUAUUCCACUCUGGCAUCUUCCGAAUUCCUUUUACUGAAAAGAAAAUAAAGAGGAAAUGAAUAAUGAUUUUAAGUUUUGGAUGUAACGUAAUGCUUACAGAUAAAUAAAUCUUUUAAAUA